AGCCGUAGAAACAUAGAGAGUGAAAUACAGAGAGACAGGAGUCGGUGUCGGAGACGGAGACGAACAGAGAGAUAAUAGCAGUAUGGUGAAUGCCUUGAAUGCCUUUGGGCUGGCCAUUGGCUGGAUGGACAUUCUGGGAGUUCUGCUCUUCGAGUUGAUGAUCUUCUACUUGCUGCGUCGCCGCUCCACGCGAGAGGCUCCAAACGAUGCCGAGGCGCCACCGGCUGAAGGAGCCGCCGCUAAGCCACACAGGCGGAAGCUGACAGGUUUAUUGGGGCACAGAUACUUGAAGGAGUCCACAAAGACUUGGAUAUUCUGGGCGUAUUUGGUUCUAUUGAAUGUCUGGAUUGUGGUGACAUUGCUCAUGAUAGCAGGCAUCUCAUUGCACAAGCCAGAAUUGAUGAUAUGCUGGCUGAUUUGGUGCGUUGGUGGCUUAUUCUUGGAUCUUUUCUUUGUGCUUUGGUGGCUCUUCGAGCUGUGUGCGGGCGAUGCCAUUGAGGCUCUGACCAACAUCAUUAUCUCCCUGCUGACCAUGGUAAUUGAAUUUGGUUUCAUUUAUGUGAUUUUUACAAUCUACAUGAACAUGUUGAACUCACCUAAUGAGUCAUCUAAUGAGACUGACAAGGACUCUGACUUAUUUGCGAUGGUGAAAAGUGCCCUGGACCCGAGGCAUUGGAUAAGUGUAUUUCUGCCUUAGCGCAACGAAGGGGACUCCAUUAAAAGGAUACCACAGCCACAGUCUUUUCCAAUUCCAAGCGAAUGCCUCUUUGAUAUAAAUAAAAAU